CUCUCCCUCCCAUUCGAUCGAUCCCCCUCGCCGUCGCGGCAUCGCGCGUUGCCCGCGUACGGUUGCCAGUUGCCACUGCACCGCCUGGCUUUAAAACCCUCGUCCAUCCAAACCCGUCGGCGGUGGCGGCGACGAGAAAGGGGCGCGGGCUUUGCGAUGGGCAUCUCGUACCUGGUGUGAGACGUGGUUCACCUAAGUCAAAGAAUAAUUGUUCUGUGUCUUGAUUCCAAGCACACAUCUUGCACAAAAUGUCGUCACUAGUUCUUCGCUUCAAUCUGCUGAGGAACAAAAUACGGACCAGCUGUCCAGUUAGGUUUCUCAAGCAACAUGCUGGAUUUUCAUCUGGGAAAUUGCUUCAACCUAAAAGCUACGAGAAACGAAAUUUCGCUACGAAUCUUACAGGGGCAGUUAGUUGGCACAAAACUGACCCAGGCUAUUGUGUUCCUUCAAUUCCGCCACUGUGGCUUCGGAAAACUUCUGGACAUGACCAACCUGGAACUUUUCUUGUCUUUGAUCUUGAGACUACUGGUUUUUUCCAUGUGGAUAAUAGAAUUGUUGAGUUUGCACUUCGUGACCUUUCUGGAGGAAAGGAUUGCACAUUUCAGACUCUCAUUAAUCCUGAACGGGAUGUUCCCAUAUACGCUUCCGAGCUUAAUAACAUUACCACUGAAUUGGUCUGCAGGCCUGAUGUCCCAAGGUUCAGUGAUGUUCUUCCAAUACUACUAGCAUAUGUUCGAAGUCGCCAAGCUCCUGGCAAGCCAGUUCUGUGGAUUGCUCAUAAUGCAAAAGGUUUUGAUGUCCCUUUCCUUAACCAAGAGUUUGACCGUUGUUCAGCCCAGGUUCCUUCAGAUUGGCUAUUUGUCGACAGUCUUCGUUUGGCGAGAAAGUUGAAGAAAAUAGAUGGAAAGAAAAAUCUUGUGAACUUGGUGGCACUGGGAGAACGCUAUGGUCUCAGUUCGGAAGGCCCAUCUCAUAGAGCAAUGCCAGAUGUGGAAGCAUUAUGCAACAUUCUCCCAAAAAUCACUCUGGAUUUAAAAUUGACAUGUGACGAUCUAAUGAAUGAGGCCAUGAGAUUUAGUGAUGUCAGAAAGGCUUCUUGAAUAUGGUUUCCGAUGUCCUGGUUGUUUUAGUUAUAAACAUAUUUGACAUAUCAUUUAGCUGAUUGUUGUUGCAAAUGGUGUAGUUUAUAAAAUUCUCAAUGACCAUAGCGUUCUUGUUUUGAAAGGCUUAUGGUGAUUUCAUAGAUUAUCUAAUUCUCAAUGUUUAUGGUGUAGUAUGUCAAAUUCUCAGUGCCUAUGGGGAUUUCUUAGUUAUCCUACUUGUACUUGCUUUACUCAUGAGUUGAUGUGAAAAACGCUUGGUGCUGUUACAUCCUUAAAACAUAGCAAGAAAAAAUUACGCUUCGCUUA